CAAACGCCCAUCUCGGAACUUUUGGACCCACGAUCCAGCAGCAUUUUCUCGCUUUUACCCCUUUUUUCUGCUGAAAAAUGGCUGGAAAGGGGGCCGGAGUCGGUCGUCGUCUUCCAUGCGCUUUCCAACAGUUUGCUUCAUGCAGCGUCAAAGCGAGAUGAGGCGUCCUGAGGUGUGGAGGCAGGCAGACCUUCCUCGAGGAGGAUCAUCCGAACACGUUCAGCCAGAUUACAACAUCAGUGGACAAACAAAGCAAAUGACGUUGCCAAAUAAAGACAAAGGUCUACUCCUCUUGAAUUUCUUCAUCGUCGUGCGCGACGGCGCCCACAGCGCUGCCUAGUCGUUUCCAUAUCCUUCCUUCUAAUACGUCGACAGUCAUAGUUUGCAAGCUACGCCAGUGACGUGUUUAUGCCCCAACCCUCACCCGCGGAUCAGCACGCCUCUUCACAGCAUACCCCGCCAUUGCUGCAAAAAGUUACCUUAAAGAUACCUCCAAUGGUUGUUCAACUCCGUAGGUCUUCAAGACAUUCUCGCGGAUCUGAAAGCGCUCCUUCAGGAUCUGAAUACCAUGAUGGCGGUAGCGACAAAUCAUCCGACGACCAACUGUCGGGACCACCAGCCGACGUCGAAGAACCGUCUAAACCUGAGUUGACAAAGACGCGUAGUGGUCGAACGGUUGCAAAGCAUUCAUAUGCUGAGAGCGAUGAUGACCCUGUCAUAGCCGGCGACGUUGCCUCUGCGGAUCAACUCUUCAACGACGGGGACGUAGCUGCUGGGGACGAUGAUGGGGACGAUGAGGAAGAGGAACAUGGCCCACGUCGAACUGGCCGGAAGAUACGCAACCUCCGUGAUUUCGUCGUCGAGGACGACGACAAGGACAAGACCGGUCCUAAGACUAGGUUGCGGUCCCGCAAAGAGCCCAGCCGGCCCACCCAGGCUGAAAUGCGUUCGGUGCGAGCAGCUAAACGGGCUCUGCGCAAUCAUAAUCACGAUGCCGACUACGAAGCUCAUACAUCUUCUGGUGCAUCUGCGUCUGCUGACGGGUCGCUUGACGACGCGCCUGGCACAUCGUCAGAUUUGGAGCCUCCAGAAACCCAUGAUGCCGAGGAUGCAGAAGGGGAUCAAGAUAUGGAGGAAGGGGAUGAUGGAAAGCCAUAUGCUCUGCGUCAGCGACAAAGGAUCAAUUACGCUAUCCCGCCUCCGCUAGAGGAGAUGUCCAGACCCGCUGUGAAACCGGCCAAAAGCCAUGGACGAAACGGUUAUGGCGGAGGGCGGAAGCCAAAAGGAUUGGGCUGGAGUGCAAGUGGUGCAGAGCUUUCGAAGUGGAUGGGUAUGGGUGGUGCGGGUGACGAUUCUGACUCUGAUGCGCCUACGAGGACUCCCCGUAAGCGCUUUGGUAUGGGCGCCUUCGACGGCGGUGUCGCUGCAGGCGGCAAUGGUCUAAUACCGCCCGAUUUCGCGGCGGCUGGGACGCCGUCAAAUUUAGGGAAAAUCACCGAUGCUGCUCUCGCGGAUGCAGACCCCUUGGGUGUCAAUGUGAAUGUAACCUUUGACGAAGUCGGUGGGCUGGAUGAUCAUAUUCACUCCCUGAAGGAAAUGACUCUUUUGCCUCUACUAUAUCCUGAAGUCUUCCAACGAUUUAAUGUCACUCCACCUCGAGGUGUUCUAUUUCAUGGACCCCCUGGUACAGGAAAGACUCUUCUUGCUCGAGCUCUUGCUGCGAGCUGUCGUUCGAAUGGCAAACAAAUAUCUUUUUUCAUGCGGAAGGGCGCUGAUGCCCUUUCCAAAUGGGUCGGUGAAGCUGAGCGGCAACUUCGCCUAUUAUUCGAAGAAGCUCGUGCUUGUCAGCCUUCUAUAAUAUUCUUCGACGAGAUAGAUGGUUUGGCGCCGGUCCGGUCGUCGAAGCAGGACCAGAUACAUGCCUCAAUAGUUUCCACGUUGUUAGCUCUCAUGGAUGGUAUGGAUGGACGAGGACAGGUAAUUGUUAUUGGAGCAACGAAUCGACCCGAUGCCAUCGAUCCUGCUCUCAGACGACCUGGACGGUUUGACAGAGAAUUUUACUUCCCGUUGCCCAAGAUUGAUGCACGAGAAAGGAUUCUAAGUAUCAUGACGAAAGACUGGGAAGGGUGGUCUGGAGAGGACGGUUCAGAGAAGAUCAAAGGUCUGGCUAAAAUGACCAAAGGCUAUGGUGGUGCAGACUUGAGGGCAUUAUGUACGGAAGCCGCAUUGAAUGCUGUACAGCGCAAGUAUCCGCAGAUUUACAAGUCUAAUGACCGGCUUUUACUUAAGCCUGAAACCAUUGGAGUUGGCUUGAGGGACUUUAUGAUUUCAAUCAAGAAGAUGAUUCCAUCGUCUGCCCGCUCGUCAUCUUCCUCUGCUACACCAUUACCGCCGCAAUUUGAACCUUUACUCUCCGAGACAUUUGAAAAAGCCAAAGCCGUAAUUGAGCGUGUGCUUCCCGUUGAAAAAAAGCUUUCCGCUUUGGAGGAAGCGGAAUAUGAUGAUGAUGAUGAAGCUGGUGCUUUGGAGCGUGAAUUGCUGUCACAAUCCAUGGCCACUUUGCGAAUACAUCGACCCAGAAUGUUACUUUAUGGACCGCCAGGAAUGGGCCAAGGGUACAUCGGCGCAGCCAUUCUACACCACUUGGAAGGCUAUCACGUCCAAAGCCUUGAAUUGGGUACCCUGAUGGGCGACUCCACAAGAACCGUCGAAGCCGCCAUCGUUCAAUUAUUCGUGGAGGCGAAACGACACCAGCCCUCCGUCAUUUAUAUACCCUCUCUUGUGGGCUGGUGUGCAGCUGUGUCCGAAACGUCUCGAUCCACCGUCCGCGCCAUGCUUGAUACCCUGGCACCUACAGACCCCGUUCUUCUGUUAGCCAUCGUUGACGGUAGGUUCAUGGACCUACCCCGUGACGUCAAGUCGUGGUUCGGCCCCACUAAAGAUAAUCGAGUCGAGUUGCUUGUCCCCACUGCCCUGCAUCGAGAACAAUUUUUCGACGGUCUCAUCAAGGACAUCCGGAGGCCUCCCAACAUGUUUGCGGACGGCAUCAAAAGGAAAAAGCGUAUCCUUGAGGAGCUGCCGAUAGCGCCACCGCCAGAACCUCGUCAACUGACCGCUGCUGAAAUCGCGAUGCAGAUCGAGAGUGAUCAUCGUGUCAUAACCUCAUUGAAGGGCCGGCUCGGACCUAUCCUGGCUGACUUGAAGCGGAAAUUUAAGCGAUUUACUAAACGAGCUACCGAUGAGUAUCCAUUCGAAAUGUUUAACAAUGCAUUCCUAGAGCCGGCGGUUGCUCAAGCCGUCCCAGCGACAGUUGAAGGCCAGGCGGAACCAAAUGGUGUCAUUGAAAUUGCUCUAGAAGAGCAAGCACCGCGGCCUCUUGUGAAUGGACAUGUCAAUGGCAUUGUUCCAGGACCGCCUGUCCCUGAGCAGGUUGCCCCACGACCUCAAUUGUACGACAUAGACCUUGAUAGGAUGCACAUCGAAAUUUACAAUGAUCGGUAUCUCACUCCUCAAGACUUCCUAGACGACAUUGGGAAAAUUGUCCAUAAUGCCUCAGUCUGUUGUUUUACCAAGGACGAUCAUGAGCGCUUAUUAAAGGCUCAAGCGCUGUUCACCGCAGCAGAGGUCAUAUUCCAGGAAUUUGAUCCUCACAUUCGUGCUGAGUGUGAGCGGAUGGCGCCAAGGGAGAGAAAGCGCCGCGAAGAGUAUAAGAAGAACAAGCAGAAGGAGAAGGGCAAAGCGACAGAGGCUGCUGUCGUCACUGCACGUAGAAGUGCCCGAAACAACGGCCAGCAGCCAGAGCUUGCGCUUACCGAUCCUGUGAGGUUGGAACGCAGCUUGAAGCGGCAGAGGGCGGAUGGACAAGUGCUCGACUCGAAUGGAUCAGAAGAAGAGAACGGAGAGGGUCGCGAUGCUAAGCGAACAAAGUUGCUUGAUGGUGACGCCGACGGGGACGCGGACGCGGACGGCGAUCCGGAUGAUAGCGAUCCUCUAAAUCUUGUUUCUCCACCUCGAGUGCGAUUCGAAGUACCCUCAUUCGAUCAAUCGAUGCAACCUAUUCCAGCGAUGCAGCCUCUAUACCCUCAAUUACCGAAUGGUCAACCAUCUUUCAAUGAGCAGGGUGCUCCUUCUCUUUACCCUCAGCCCGCCCCGUUCCCGGUUCCUGGACCUUCAAUGCAUCAUGCCUUGCCUCUAUAUAUGCCUGAGCGUUCGAUGUCCUCAUACCAGCCAACACCAUCAAUGUCUUCGUAUCCGAAUGGGCAGCCGAUGCCACUAUAUGGGACUGAGCAGUCGGUGCCACCGUAUAUGAAUCAACAUCCAAUGCCCUCAUACAGGAACGAGCAUUCGAUGCCCUCUUACUCGAAUAUGCCCUCAUAUUCCCACGCCUCUGCAUAUACGAAUAUGCAACCUGAAGCCAUGGCGGCCGAUCCUGUAACUACUCGACCGUCAAACUUUAACUCGAUCCUUAACCCUGCUCCCGUUGGUACUAGUAUUAUGGGACAGUGGGAACCUACUCCUCCUGUCGCCAGGCCUUCAGCUAUUCCUCCCGCUCCUAUUCACGACCCCGAGAACCCUUUUGCACCCGAGGUCAACCCAGCAAUGAAGGAUCCUUCACCAGCACCUAAAAGCAUCUCUCCUGUACCUGAGAAAGAGCCCUCACCAAUCCUUAUCGAAAGAACACCUACUCCGCUACCCGAAUUCCAUGUCGAUGAAGGCCUCAUAUCACAAUUACAAGGUAGUCUGCGCGGGAAUACGUCUUCGCUUACUGUGGAGCAGCUCGAACAGUUGCGUGCUAUGUGUCUGGGAUGUAUUUGGCGCCAUCGUUCUGCAUGGGACAGAGAUAAUCUUGUGAGGGAACUGCAAGAUGUGGUCAGUGAUUUCGUGGAAGAGGUUGGGCAGGAUGAUGCAGAGUUGGACGAAAUGGCAUAGGUGCAUUUGUUCGUGUUGUAGACAUCAUUAUUAUCUUGUAUUACUGGCAUGUCCGUAUCAUUUGUAUCAUCGAUAUUCCUCACUUAUAAUCUGUCUAAUGAAACAUGCUCGACUCUAA